AUGGCCACCAAGUUAACUCCAGUCAUCUGCGAAUCCGCUCCUGCAGCAGCAGCUUCAUAUUCCCAUGCUAUGAAAGUAAACAAUUUGAUUUUCCUUUCUGGGCAAAUUCCAGUGACCUCAGACAACAAGUUGGUUGAAGGAUCCAUUGCCGAUAAGGCUGAACAAGUGAUUCAAAACAUCAAAAAUGUUCUAGAAUCAAGUAAUUCCUCAUUAGAUAGAGUCGUCAAGGUUAACAUUUUUUUGGCAGAUAUCAAUCACUUUGCUGAAUUUAACACCGUAUAUGCCAAGUAUUUCUCCACUCACAAACCUGCUAGGUCUUGCGUUGCUGUUGCAGCCUUGCCAUUAGGUGUUGACAUGGAAAUGGAAGCCAUUGCUGCAGAAAGAGACUAG